AUGGCGUGGUCACGUGGUGUCUGGUUUUUUCUUGGUAAGCCAUUUGUUCUACAAAAGUGGCAUCCGAAGUUCAAGCCCAAGAAGGAAGAGUUCUCUGCUGUUCCGAUCUGGGUGAAAAUACACGAUCUCCCGCUUGCAUGUUGGAAUUCGGAGGGAAUAUCGCGCAUAGCCAGCAAAGUAGGGAUUCCGGUAGCAGCGGACAAGCUGACGGAGCAAAAGACCAGGCUCACGUUCGCUCGUAUAUGUGUGCUUGUGGACAAUCUUGCUACCUAUCCGGAGGAAAUACAGGUAUCAUUAGAUGGUGAUGUUGUCUCUCUGAAAGUCCAAUACGAAUGGCGUCCGACCCCUUGCGAGCACUGUAAGUCCCUAAUGCACGCCUCUUCUUUUUGCCCGACAAAGCCUAAGUUGGCAUCUGAAGAACUAGCUAAUGCUAAUGAUAACGCUGGAAUCAGAGGGAGAAGUUAUAGUAGGAAGCCCCGAAACAGACAUAAUUCUAAAAGCCAGAAUAUCUCUAGACCCCCAAUUACACCUAUUGUUCAGCAAAAUUCUGAACAGAUUACCACAAAAACCCAAUCUGCAUCACAGCCUGCUGUUAACAUCACCAAUGCCAUAGGGAAAACUCUUUCAUUUCAACCACACUCACCUACCUCCCAAAAUAUUCCCCCAAAUAAUAUGUCUGUAGUAGAAGACCUCCCUAUAACUGAUUCUCUGCCUCCGGUAGAUGCUAUUGUCUUGGGUAUCCCCAAUCUCAACUCACCUCAAGAGGCGAUCUCUUCUUCUUCCACUACUCAUAACUCUGUUCCUGCUAAAGAUUUUAUAUCGCCAAAUAAGUUUGAUGCUCUUAGUAUUGAGGAAGAACAAACACUUCAGUCUGAUGAUAAUGUGAGCUUAGACAGUAAGUUAGAUACUGGGGCUGGGGGCAAAUCCAAGGCCAUGGAAAAGGCCAACAAACCGCUGCUUCAAUUAUCUGCUAUUUAUGCUUCUAACAACCACAUGGAACGCAAGGAAUUAUGGGACACCUUGGUGACUAUAAUUGUUGUCGUUUUGCUUAUGAAAAAUCUGGGGGGUACUGCUCUUAAUCAAUCUGCUUUGAUAGACCUCAACAAUAUGAUUUUUAGUAACAGUUUGGUGGAUUUAAACUCAGUUGGGUUAAAGUAUACUUGGUUUAAUCAGCGCACUACAAAUCUUAUACACAUCAAACUUGAUAGUGUAUUAGUUAAUGAGGGUUGGCUGAACUUUUUCCCUGAAUCUUAUUGUGCUGUCCAAAGCCCCUCUUGCUCGGAUCACUGCCCUCUCAUCCUGAACCCUGGUAUGAAUAUUCAGGUGCAUCAUCGCUUUCUCUUUAAAAACUACUGGACAAACAUUGAUAAGUACUGGGCUAUUCUUUUAGACUUCUUCUCUAAACCCUGCAAUGGGAAUCCUAUUUCCCACCUCAGGAAUACUUUAAAUCUUAUCAAGGAUGCGGUUAAGAGUGAGAGGGCUAAAGUCAAUUGGAUAAGACAGGGGGAGGAUGACUUAAAGUUUCUAUUUGCUAAAAUUAGAAUUAGAAGAGGUAGUUCUAAAUCUGUGUUUAACUUAUUGGCAAACUCCCCUUCUUCUUCUAGAGCUGAUGUGGUAAGCUCAUUAAUUCAUUAUUUUCAAGGCCUUUAUAAUCCCCCAACUCCCCCUAAUGCGACUCUCAAUUGCAUCCCCUCUGGGAUUAAGCUGUCGCAAGCUGAUGCAAUUCGCAUAACUUCCUAUGUGCUGGAUGAUGAAAUAAAACAUGCUGUUUUUUCGGGUAACACUAAUUCUGCUCCAGGUCCAGAUGGAUAUAAUUUCUAUUUUUACAAAUCAGCCUGGCACAUUGUUGGCCCUUUGGUUUGUAGGGCUGUUCACUCUUUUUUUCAGAAAUGUUACUUACCGCAUGGUGUAAAAGCAACUGCACUGGCUAUCAUACCAAAACAUAAAAAUGCAUCUGAAUUAUCUGAUUAUAGACAUAUUGCUCUAUGUAAUGUUCUUUAUAAAAUUAUUGCAAAGGUUCUUGCGGAAAGAUUAAAACCUGUUAUGAAUCAUAUUGUUAUGGAUAAUCAAGCUGGCUUUCUCAAAUCUAGAGUAUCCACUGACAAUAUUUUGUUUGCUAAUGAUAUUUUAUCAUAUGCGGGUAAAAGCAAGGACAGUAAUUAUUUUUGUGCCAAGUUGGAUAUCAGAAAGGCUUUCGACUCUGUCAGUCGUGAUUUCUUGCUUUCUAGGCUAGUGCAAAAAGGUUUUCCUCCUCUUUUUGUUAACUGGAUCAAACUUUGUAUCAAAGAUGUUAGUUUUUCUAUUCUGCUUAAUGGUGCUAUUGAGGGCUAUUUUUCCACUUCUGCUGGUCUAAGACAGGGCUGUCCUCUAAGUCCCUACCUUUUUUGCCUUGUCAUGGAUGCGUUUUCCAAUCUUUUGGAGAAUAGGGGAUUUAAAGGCAUUUCUUAUGAAAAUUACGCGUUAUCACAUUUGUUAUACGCUGAUGACGUUUUAAUUUUUGGGGAGGCUUUUGUGGAUAAUUGUAACAAUUUGGCUAAUAUCCUUAGGGAUUUCACACUUUCUACGAGGUUACACAUAAAUUAUGAAAAGAGUGCCAUCAUGAUCCCCAAAAAUCAGAGGAAUGUCCAGGAUAUUUGCCAAAUUCUUUCCAUCCACAACAUAGUCAACAAAAUUACAUAUCUUGGUAUCCCAUUAUCUUUCUAUAGACUGAAAAUUGAAGACUUUUUACCCCUUGUGGAUAGUUUAAACAAGAAAAUGAAUGGUUGGAAAGCAAACCUGCUAUCUCUAGCGGGUAGAUUGCAAUACAUAAAAUUCACAAUUCAGAAUACCAUCGCAUAUUGGAUCAGGGGGUCUAUUUUGCCAAAAACAGUGCUCAAAUAUAUCAAUAGAACUAGCUCUAAAUUCCUGUUCUUUGGAGAUUCUAAUGCUGCAAAAAAGCUCCAUAUGGAUGUAUAA